CCCGAUCAGUUGAUCGAGUGUCGCUUCAACAUUGUUCUGUGAUGAUAUAGUACAAUUGUGCAGUGUUGCCAUGAGAUUAUGCAAUUGUCUACUCAUUCGCAAUACCGCGCCAAUUUGUAUACAUUUUGAAAACGUAUACUCCAAACCAGGAUCGAACGUUAAGUCAGCUGUUUUCCUUUGUGAUAAAAUCUAGUCCUAUAUUUCAUUUCCAGUAACAAUAACAUCUUUUCUUCCUUCGAUUUUUUUUUUUUUUUAAUUUUUUUUAGUUUCAACGUUAGAAACUUAUUAGUUUGUUUUAUUUUGUCAUCAUUUAAAAUUGUAUUUUCAACAAUUCAGUACUGUAAUCGAAAUCGUUUUAUACGUUACCUAGUUGUAAAUAAUUAGUAUUUUACGUGUUAACAAUCGCCAUUUGUACUCGUCGAAAAUGUCGUCCGGUUGUUGCGGAACCAAUACCAAGAAACAAAAGCUGUACCAUCAUCAUCAGGGGCCGUUAGACGUCAACGGCGGCAGUGGUAGUGCAUCAACAGCUCCAUAUGACGGUGUCGUUCAAAGGAUUACAACCCCAGCCAUGGGAUACUUUUGUUUUGACAUACUCUACUCCUAUCUGAACAGUCUAGAACCGCCAAAGAAACCUGAUUUCACAAACGACCCGUUUCCUCUCUUCGUAACAUGGGAGACCGGCAUGGACAAGAAGCUCAGGGGAUGUAUCGGCACAUUCAGUUCGAUUGCUUUGCACAAUGGCUUACGCGAAUAUGCCAUAACAAGUGCAACAAGAGAUUCACGCUUCAAACCAAUUUCAAACGACGAAUUGAACCGGUUACAUGUAACCAUAUCGAUAUUGUUACACUUCGAGGACGGCAAAGAUUACAACGAUUGGGAAAUCGGCGUUCACGGUAUACGCAUUGAAUUUCAAAAUGAACGUGGAAUGAAACGCAGUGCUACUUAUUUACCAAAAGUAGCUGAAGAACAAGGUUGGGACAAAAUACAAACUAUUGAUUCACUCCUGCGCAAAGGAGGUUACCGAGGUCAUGUGACAACUGAAAUUCGUCAAUCUUUAAAAUUGAUUCGUUACCAAAGUGAAACGGUUUCGGUCAGUUUCCAAGAUUAUAUGAAUCAUUUGCAAACUCUUCGUUGCUAGCGGCAUCUUUGGGGCCAACAAAAUGCAGUGGCCCCCCAAAUAUUUACACCAACACUGCCGAUUUUUAAGCACCCAAGUGUGUCUUCAAUACACUCAUAUCCCUUAUCCCAUUCAAUGUAUUUCCAGCAAACAUCACCUAUUUAUUAUAAUUAUUCAAUUGAAUAGAAACUCAGAUGACCGAUAUUAAAUAUAAUAAUCAAUACCUAAUAGGU